UAAAACUGAAUACAUCCCAGAAUUUUUUUAAAGGCGUGCCGUAAUGUCAUCGCCAACAGACGAUUUAGUGAUAAGAUCUGAUGCUGCAGUUACAGCGGUCCUCGAUGACAUUGCCGAUGACUAUUGUUGUAUACGCCCUAAAGUUGGUCUCGGACUCUGUAAACGGCAACAUAGUCGGUGCAGAGAAGUGUGUUAUCUUUGUUCUGCCCAUCAGGAACUGGUUGGGCAUCUCGAACCGCUCCGUCCAUUGCUGGCUGUACGAGGAGUGCUGUGCAGCUUGAGAACUUUGAUCGCGAGUUGUGUUCAUCGGGAAGGUAGAAAUCACAAGGACGGAACUCAUCAGGGGACUGUUCAGGGGGAGAAAGGGAGAGCAGCUGUAUUCAAGGAAAAAAUAACCGGCAGAUUCCAAGUUUCUAGAAGACAUACCGCAGGUCAGCACUUACAGGGAAUUUCAGGUGAUCACGCAACAAGAUGACUAACAUCAUCAUUAUCAUCGCCGUGAGCGCAAUAUUUGCUGUGUCAUUGAGGUUUUCAGCAGGGCAAGAGUGUGUGACGGGUGACGCAUGUCACAACGUGACGCACAACGUAACAGUCGGCAAUACCACGUACUGCUGCAGUGACGUUACUCUCAGACCAACCACGAAGAAUAACUCAUGUGCUUGUCUCUCUGCCAAUGCAAGAAUGAAGAACUGGGCUGAUGAAACUAUGGGGGAAGGUCGCAUGUGUUCAUUUGGAAACGAGGGUUGUCCUCACGGGUUCACGACUGUCAAACUGCAGAACGACCAGUCCCAGGUCUGCUGCAGCAACGGAGCCUUCAGCUUCAUGGCGCUGCUGGACGUCGGCAGCUCCUACUACGUGGGUUGCCGAUGCAGGCACAACCCAGCCCCUGUCCUGCCCCUGAGCGCACACGCCGUGCCCCUGUCUGCCGAGUACAACUCUUCAGGUGAGCUGUGCCUGUACGACGCGCUGUGUGACGACAACCCCAGCCUGAAGUGCGAGGACGACAACGCGGUCUACUGCUGCUACAGCAGCCGCGGCAUCCACACCAAAGACCUCAACGCCAGCACCACGGCCUGCACGUGUAGCAACGAGUUCCAGGGCACGCGGUGCAGCCCAGUCCUCAAGCCCCUCCCUGUUACAGAAAAAAGGUGCUUGACUAACGACGCCUGCUCCGCCGUAGACGAGGCGGUGACGAGCACGGGUGGAAACGUGACGUACUGCUGCCCCGACCUUCGCACCGCGCCGCACGUGCAAGUUAUCGAAGGGGCAACGACUCGCAGCUGGAUCUGCAGCUGCAGCGCUCCAACGGAAAUCAUAGGCUAGCUGACGUCAGACACUUCAGGUCACGGGGUCAGCUGACCUGUGUGCGUUAGCAGGGUAAACGGUCAGUGUAGGAUGAUGAUACGUUCGCCAGGCAGUCAGAUCGACAUCUCACUCGGUGCAUGGGUAAAACAUGCUAAAAGGCCUUACUCAAUAUGGCACAUGACGAAGUGUAGCUUUAAAAUAAGAUUUAUACAUGUCCGGUAUAAUGGGAAGGGGGCUGCUUACAUUCUCAUCAAAGAUAAGUGAGUGUUUUCAAGAGCAUCUUGUAAAGCCUCUUUAGAAUUCUACAAAAUAUCCAGGAAUAUCUUUAAGUUUUUUUACCUUUCUUAAAGUAUUAGAAAUCGCUAGAAUUUGCAGAAUUGGCUUUUCGUUUCACAUAUCAUUAAAUUAAUCAAAGAAAUUAAAAGAAUAAAAUUAUUCACUUUUUCUUGGCUAGGCUGUUAACCAAAUUCAAUUUAUUUUUAGUGUAUGUGUGCAUUUUCUAUUUUUGGAGGGGCGUAGAAACCAUCAGAAUCCCAAACCUGAUAUCUUAUCAAAGAUAACUAACAGUGUAAUCGUUCUUUGUUCGUAUCUCUAGUGUUUGGUUUAUUAAAACAGAUACAACUGCCA